AUGAUGAACUUCCAGCAGUCUGGUGGCCACGACGCGCCGUUUGGCGGCGUCCGCAGUUUGCCCCUGUACACUCUAAUCCCGGGAACCAUCCUCAACCAAACGUGUCUCCACAAGGGCAAGGAGGGCAAGGUGGGCAAGUUUGGACACGAUUAUCCGGGGUCCUAUUCAGAAAGCGUCCCACCUAUGCCGCCCAACCCGCACGAUUUUGCGAGGCACUUACCUCCUCACAAUCCCACCACGGCGUCCUCGGAGACGCGUCGUAGAGGAAUGAGUGCACGAUCUCGACGAACCGCCGCUCGCGCCCACCCCUUCUCUCCAGACCGGGAUCGGGAUAGUGACGAGGACCCUCAGCCGCCUACACACCCGGAUGCAUUGCUUGACGGCAUUUUCCCGCCCGCCUUGGCCCGACACGGAUCCACCGAGGACCGUCAGCUUCGUGCCGCCCAGUUCUUCAGAGGCUCCGUUAGCACCAAAAUGGUCGCCUCCGCAUCUGCCAUUUCCUCGUUAGAAAGCGUCGAUGUUGACACCUUGCCGGAGAGUGAGAAGAGUUGCAUAAUCUGCUACAAUGACUUUGGCUCCGAAACGCCGGAAGGUGUCAAGGAAGCGCCUCUCCGUCUUCCCGUUUGCAAGCACAUCUUUGGUGACCACUGCAUCAAAAAGUGGUUCGACGAGAGUGAUAGUUGCCCCUACUGCCGCACCAAGGUCCCAUCGGAACCCCGAUUUAGUGCUAAUAGCAGAGCUCUGCUGGAGCUUCUUCGAGCCCGCGGUGGCCCUAUCCCGCUUGCUGGGUCGUCGGGAGCGGUGCCUCAAGAGCUCCUACUUCGUGUUUUCGCCACUCGCGAGGGGUACAGAGAAUUUUAG